UUGUUAUAAAAUUAUAACACUAUUCGUCCUCUCAGAGUCUCAGUGGCAGUGCGGUAGUUGAUUUGCCUCCCCGUUAGAACAGGUUGACGAACGCCGGGGGCAAGCAACAUGCACAUGAGUCCAUCCCGCUUACUCGUCAACCAUGUCGCUGUCUCUCGACUCUCUACAAUGGCGUGCUUCUCCUCCUGUCUUCAGCCGCAUCUCACCGCACAAACCAGUAACCCAACAUGCCCCCCACCACCGUUCUUCAGCUUCUCCUCUUAUUCUUCUUCUUCUUCUUCUUCUUCUUCUUCUUCUUCUUCUUGUCUUCCCAAGUCCACACGGUAGCUGCUGCAGGGAACACUCUCCACCCCGGCGACACCAUCGGCAUCAACCGGACCAUCGUCUCUUCCGCCGGAACGUUCGCCCUAGGGUUCUUCAUCCCCCGCCACUCUCCCUCGACCUCCUUCUACCUUGCUAUUUGGUACAACGACACUGGAGACGACGCGGCGGUGUGGGUGGCCAACAGAGAUAGCCCCGUCGCUGACUCCGCUGCGGUUCUGGCCUUGCAGCUCGAUGGGAACCUUGUGCUAUCCGACAGCGACGGCAGCAAGAUUUGGUCUUCCAAUACCUCGUCGACUUCGAAUGGCACCGAGGCCGUACUCUUGGAUUCUGGCAACCUCGUCUUGCGAUCGGGUGACGGCGAUACCACUAUUUGGGAAAGCUUCGAUCAUCCCACCGAUACCCUGCUUCCCAACAUGAGGAUCGUUUCCUACUUCGGGAUCGGCGUCGCCACGAGGAUCGUGUCGUGGAAAACAUCGAGCGACCCAGCCACAGGAACUUUUAGCUUGGGCAUUGAUCCGAGAACUUUCAUGCAAGCUUUCAUAUGGCGCGGAUCGGAGCCUUACUGGAGAAGCAAUGCGUGGAAUGGGUCAGUUACUUUCACGGAGAACGAGGACAACGAAUCCAUAUCCAGUUUCUACAUUACGUCGCUCUCCGGCGGCAAGCAGAAUAUGUCCUGGUCGUACAUGGUAACGCAGGGUUUUCCAGCGACGAGAUUAAUGAUUGAGGAAACAGGGUUCCUCAGGCUGUUAACUUGGCAAGAGGCCAGCAAGAGCUGGGUUACUCGAGCAUCAUAUCCGAACAUGGAAUUUGGGGCUUGUGUUCUGUACAACCAGUGCGGUCCAAAUGGCCUGUGCGUUGGCAGGAACGCCACACUCUCGUGCAAAUGCUUCGCUGAGUUUUCACCAAACAACUCCACAGAGUGGGCUGCUGGCAAUUACUCAGGUGGUUGUGUGAAAAAGACUAGAUGGGAUUGCAGCAAGGGAGGAUUCUACAAGGUUUAUAGCAAGAUGAAGUUGCCUGAUGGCAUGCUACUACUAAGAGAUGCUGAGGCAAGUGAGUGUGAAGCCAAUUGUUCGGCUACCUGCAAUUGCACAGCCUACUCUUUCGACAGCACGAGGAGCAUUGAGAGCACAACUAGAUGUCUGGUUUGGCUAGGAGAUAUGAUUGAUCUCGUGCAAAAUUCGUCUGGAAUGGAUGAACUUCAUGUGCGUGUCUCUGCGGCUGAUCUUGAUAAUAAUUCUCAAUAUGAUGGACAUUCACAUAAGAGAAAACGUUUACUUGUUAUUAUGCUUGCGGUAGGCACUGCUGCAAUGCUUCUCUCUGGAACAACAUGCUAUUUUAUGUGGGCGAGGCACAUGCGAUUGGGAAAAACAAGAAGAUUGCUCGAGUUAACAGUUCCUGAUAGUAUUGGAUCUGAUAAGGGAACCAUUAAUGCCCCCCUGGUUGAUUUUUUCAGUAUUCGCAAGGCAACAGAUGACUUUGCGGUUACAAACAAGCUCGGUGAAGGUGGUUUUGGUUCUGUCUACAAGGGAAGACUAGAAGAUGGCCAGUUUAUAGCUGUAAAAAGGCUCUCUGAGAACUCAAAACAAGGCUUUGAGGAGUUGAACAAUGAAGUUAAGCUAAUUGUCAGACUUCAACAUACUAAUCUUGUCAGGCUUUUAGGUUGGUGCAUUCAUGAAAAUGAGAAAAUGCUCAUCUAUGAAUAUAUGCCCAACAAAAGUUUGGAUAAAUACUUAUUCGAUUCAAACCUUUCAACGCAAUUAGACUGGCAUAAGAGAUUCUGUAUAAUACAAGGCAUUGCUCAAGGACUUCUUUAUCUCCAUCGCUACUCAAGACUACGCAUCAUUCAUAGAGAUUUGAAGACAAGCAACAUCCUACUGGAUGAAAAUAUGAUUCCCAAAAUUUCAGAUUUUGGUUUGGCAAGGAUAUUCGGAGAAAGUCAUAUGGAACAAAACACAAGGAGAGUAGUAGGCACAUUUGGUUACAUGGCACCAGAAUAUGGCUUGCAUGGUCGUUUUUCUGAAAAAUCUGAUGUAUAUAGCUUUGGGGUGAUUGUCCUUGAGAUCAUUUCUGGUAAAAGAAACUCCGGCUCAUACUCGAUUAACGAUUCAUUCAGUCUUCUUGGAUAUGCAUGGUGUCUUUGGGUGGAAGGAAGAAGUUGCGAACUGGUAGAUCCCCAAUUGAUUGAUUCAUUCCCAGUUUCUGAAGUGGAGAAAUGCGUUCAACUUGGUCUGUUAUGUGUUCAAGAUAGGUCCACCGACCGACCAACAAUGGAUGCUAUCGCCAUCAUGCUGGUGAACAAGAACCCGGUUUUACCAUCGCCUCAGCAACCUGCGCAUGCCUCCACAACGGAUUCACCAACACUGGUGCCAAUCUCAUAUUCCCGGGCACCAGAAUUGACCAUGAGUACCAUUGAAGGGAGAUGAAUUUUCUUCUUCAAUCCCUAUAGUAUUAGUUUGAAGGAAUUACAUUCGAUUUAAUAGUUUCAUAGAGUUGUUUAUGAAGUUAUAUAGGUGCAGUUCUCUGUCCUUUACUAAUGUUUUCUCUACCUCUAAACUACAAUGCUUGUAGAGUUUAGUGUAAAGAUCAAAGGGAAUACUAUCAUAUGAUUUUCUUUGUA